UUGGCGGUGUAGUUUCGUGGAUCAUUAAAAUUUCGAAAAAAUAAUGCUCCGCGAGAUUUAUUUUGCGUGUUUACGGGAGCGAGAUUGAUUUUGGUGAAACAAAGUGGACAUGAAAUGCGCGUGUAAUCCGCCCCUGUGGAAUCUCCAGUCGAGGCAGGUGUAGUUGGUUUGCUUUUGCAUUUCUCUAAACUCUAAAUAUAACUGAGUAAACAACAUCUCUCAUACGGGCGAGGCGAAGCAGACAUGUAAACAGUAAACAACAUUAUGUGCCGCACGAACGUGUGCCUAUACUCAGUAUGUUCUCGACUAGAAUUGCUUCCACGUCGAUGUCGGAUGGUGUAACUAUUUCAUAACCUCACUUUUUAAAAUUCCCGCUUCAACGCGUCGUGUUACGUAACCGAGUGAAAUGUGAACGAUGACGAUUUUCAAAAUUUGGUGAAAGUGAAAUGUGACACUUUUUUCGCACAUCUUCCCCUUUAAUCACACUAUUUUACAAACACUACCAAACUGAAGGGCCACAUCGGAGACGUUCCAUUUGAAAGUGCCGUUGGCUGGAGCAAAAACCACUUUUCUGCGGCUACUACUCCUUGGCCUCCCGCACUCAGGCAUUCAAGAUACAGUGAUGAUGGCACGAUGGAGCAAGACGUAGAUGGGGAUGGUGCGAUUAACCUUUCUACUUCGCAAAGACCAUCAGCUGCGACUACCCCUAACGAUAGCGUGCAUAACGAGGAUGGCGAACAGGCUGCCUCCUUGGAAAAGGUUCUUAAGGAGCAACAACAACAUCAGCAGCUAGAUUUGGAACGAAGUUGGGAACAAGAAAGGGACGCUAAAGGUAAUGGAAGCGCCAGUCCCAGUUCUGAUCACCGGGUGCAGGACCAUUCUCCUCCACCUUCAACUGACCCGCAAAAAAAUCUCAACGCGACUGUACCUCCUGUCAGUCAGUCACAAACACCAGGACCUCAAAUGUUGUCAUCGUCGGCGUCAAAUCUUCACCACAUGCAACAACUACUUCAACAGCAUGUUUUAAAUCCGACGCAGUUGCAGACGUUGAUGAAACAACAUUCGUUGUUGCAGCAGCAACAACAUCAGCAACAUCAAUUAGCAGAAUUAGGGAAGAAGCAAAUCGAACAGACAAUGCAACAGUUGCAAGAACAACUUCAGUUGAAUCUCAUACAACAAACGCACAUCUUGCAAAGCACGGACAAGAAGAAAGCUUCUGGUUCGUUGCAACAGUUAGCACUUCAACAACAGCAGCUCAUUCAACAACUUCAGUUGAUGCAAAGACAAUAUGUCGUGCAUCAAGGCAUGGGUAUGCAACCUCUCAUGCUUGGUCAAGCACAAGGACUGAACUCCAGAGAAGUUAUGAGUCCUUGGAAAGAGCUUAACGAACAGCACGUGUCCAACGCCAAGUCGGAGCUAAGUGAAGGUUCACCAGGCCUCUUAGGUGUGGCUCCUGGUCGAUCGAGUAGAGAAGAAACGCCGCUAGACGAUAAGCUCGAAAGGACAAGCACGACGCCGGAUAGGGUGCAUCAUUUGUACGGUCAUGGGGUUUGCAAGUGGCCAGGUUGUGAAAUAAUCUGCGAAGACCUGCAAGCAUUUAUCAAGCAUUUAAACACAGAACAUACGUUAGACGACCGAUCGACCGCUCAAGCCCGCGUUCAGAUGCAAGUUGUGUCCCAAUUGGAGCUUCAGCUGCAAAAAGAACGAGAUCGUUUGCAGGCUAUGAUGCAUCAUCUCCACUUGUCAAAACAGCUGGGUUCCCCGGAACCCCAUAAAGACGGUCCGGUUGUCACACCUCCGAAAAUGCCUGUGAGCGCAUCUUUACCUCAGCCACCAGUAUCCAUAGGUCCCAUGGUAUCCGCCGUUCGAUCCCCAGUGCUUCAUUCUCCUGCAGCAAAUGUUGCCGGUCCGAUACGGAGGCGGUUAAGCGAUAAAUCAGCGCUUUCCUUAGCGGGAGGUCUACCAUACAUGCUCGAAAGGGCAGGGCUUGAUGUACAACAAGAAAUUCAGCGGAAUAGGGAGUUUUACAAAAAUGCAGAUGUGCGACCGCCUUUCACUUACGCUUCUUUAAUACGUCAGUCCAUUAUUGAAUCUCCGGACAAGCAGUUGACGUUGAACGAAAUAUACAACUGGUUCCAGAACACUUUUUGCUAUUUCCGAAGAAACGCUGCGACUUGGAAGAACGCAGUGCGCCACAACCUGUCUCUCCACAAAUGUUUCAUGCGCGUGGAGAACGUAAAGGGUGCCGUAUGGACGGUGGAUGAAGUGGAAUUCUACAAGAGAAGGCCGCAGAGAUGUUCUUCGGGCCCGUUAACCCAACCAGUCGUCGGGGGUACGACGUCUAAAAGUCCGACAUUAAAUCACAGUCCAACGUUGUACGGCGAUCAUCUUUCUGCGAACGUACAGUUUAUGCAGGCUUCGUUAAUAGAAGAUAACAAUCUGUCAUUUCUGACGGGGACACCAUCACUAUCGAGCAGACCUAGAGACAGAUCCGAAUCUCCAGUACAUGACCCUCACAUGAGAUCUCCGUUGAAUGGGGGUAUACACAUCAAACAAGAAAGUAUGGUAAAUCAGGAUCAUCACGUAACUCGGGAAACCGAACAAAUGCACCACGUGAUCAAGAGAGAAAUUCAUUCGGAGUACGAUGACGUAGAUCAAGAGCAGCAGCCAGAGAAUAUGGCCGAAGAUUUGACAAUGGGUUCAGAACAUACCGACUCGAAUAUAUUAGACGCGUAGUGCGCGAAGUGUCGUUGGUAGUAGUUUAUUUCGGCAGAAUGACAUCAGAAUUGUGCUCAUUUUUAGUAUACAAUAAUUAGGAAAAUUGAAUUGGUUCAACAGGAAGUAGCGGGACGUCUGAAAGAAGAAAAAUAUGAACUCCGUUCGAUCUUGUAUAUUUCUGUAUAAAUAUAGAACUGUUAAGUCUACGAAUGGGACUGUGUUUACAUACUGUUAAUAAUUGUUUAGACCUAAAGGUUGUCGAAUGUUGUAUACCUAAUCACUAAGCGUAUAGAAUCUUGAGUUCUUUAUUAAUACAGGGUUAUUUGUUACUUGAUGGACUUGGCAUAGCCAAAAAGUUUUUAGUAAGAUACUGAACUGUUAAUACACGCACGAUCAGUUUAUUUUAGCAUAUCAGUUGCUAUGUGUGCGCUGCCGGACGGGAAUCAAACUCAAAGAAGCGAAGUAGACGCACUGACGUGCUCGUAUUAUUUAUGUUAAAAAAAAAGUAUCGUUGCGCUCAUAUAGUGAUGUAAAGUAAGCAAUAUUGUAAAUUAUUAUCGUUAAGCAUUCGUGCUAAUUAUAUUCUAUCUUUAAACGAGGGGAAAUUAAUUCCAUAUCAUUUAUCUAAAGUAAAUCAUAUAUCAAUGUAUAAAAGUAGUACGUACGUUUUCCUAUUCCUAUAUAAUAUAUACAUACUUUAGUUCAUUUUGGACAUAUUCGAUUCGCCAGUCUACUGUGUACUUAUUUUAACGUCAUUAUUUAUUACGUUCACAUGUUUGUUAAUGUUCUAUUAAAAAUAAUAAUAUGUUCGCCAAAAUUGCCACGUUCAUGUGAUAGUAUCUUAGUUCGGAUUUAUUAAUUACAAUUAGAUUUAUAAAUAAGUAGGUAAUAAGCGUGGCCAUUGCAUGGAAGACGGUUAGUAAUUAAUUACGCUGCAAUAUAUGAUUUCGUUGAGUGUAAAUAUCGCCGAACAGGUUGGCUCCAUCUGUCGGUCCUAUCAGCCUUAAAAAGACAGUGAUGCCUACAUAUCAUAGUAGUUUCAUUAUAUUGGCAUUACCGCCGCUCUCCCCAUUUUAGUAAUGGCCUGCGCUUCUCUUUCGGGAUAUUUUCUACUCAACUCUCGCAAACCAAUCAUCACCAUCUUUAUGUAUGAUGUACUGUACAAUUUCUCGUAUAUCACUCCUUCUAAUUUGUUUUAAAUAAUUAUUAUCAAUUAUUACAAUAAAUUGAGCAAUAAAAUUUGUUUCUCAUU